GAUUCGUAGCAGAUAUGAUAUGAUGUCCAAAAAGAUUGGAGUCAUAACCUAAAAUUAGGCGUGUGCCAAGAAUCGUAGAUAGUAAAAUAUGCAAAUAAAAAAAAGUUAUUACAAUGUAUAAUGUCUAUGAGCAAUUAUCCAUUAAAGAUAUAGCAAACUGGGUCGCCUCUGGAGCAAUAAUAUUUGGUGGUAUUAUUCCCUAUGUGCCACAAUAUAGAGAAAUUAAAAGAAGGGAUAGUGCGGAAGGGUUCUCCCUUUAUGUAUGCUUUACACUUUUAAUAGCUAAUACAUUACGUAUUUUCUUUUGGUUUGGGAAACAUUAUGAAAUACCUCUCUUAUUACAAAGUAUAUGCAUGAUUGUUACUAUGUUUAUAAUGAUUAAACUGUGUAUAAAUGUACAAAGCAGAAAUCAAGUAAUAAAAGUUAGAGAACGUGUAUUUUCAGAUUUUGAUGCAAAUUUUUUUUGGAAGUGGACAGAUUUUCAAUCUUACUUAGACUUUAUGCUAUUAUUUGCUGUAUUAAUAGGAAUUCUAACAUAUUUAUUAGUGGAUGUACCAAUAUUUGUUGAAACCAUAGGAUUACUUGCAGUAUUAACAGAGGCUAUGCUUGGAAUACCACAAUUUUUGCGUAAUUUUUUUAAUAAAUCAACUAAUGGAAUGAGUAUUGUUAUGGUUGCAAUGUGGACAUUAGGUGAUGCAUUUAAAACAUGUUAUUUUGUUAUAAGAGAAGCUCCAAUACAAUUUGAAGUUUGUGGUACUCUUCAAGUUAUAAUUGAUAUUGCAAUUUUAACACAGGUAUAUAUUUAUCAAAAUAAAACAACAAUACAUACAAGAGUUCCAGUUCGAGUUGACUAAGUCUGAUACUUUACAUUUAUGAAUGCUGUAACAUACUUUUUCUACAACUUCCAUUAGCUAAAAAAAUUUAUCUGUGUUAUAGAUAAAUAUUUAUGAUUUUUUAAUAUAUGUGCACUUGAUUGUAAAAAAAAAAAAACAAGAAAAACAAGGUGAAAUAUAUAAUGUAUUGUAAAUAAGCAUUUAUC